AACAGAUCACAGGAGGAGAGAACCACAAAAGAUGCUUUAAACGGACAGCUGGGCAAUGAAUACCAUGUGAAAUAUUUCGGUAAACUAUGUAUCAACAAGCAAGUAGAAGAUCAGAAAAGCAAAAAAUAGAUUGGCAUUUGCCAUCUACAUCAUCUACAAGUUCAGCACAUCACAUGAGUACUGAACUCCUUAUUCUCACAUAUGGAACUCUGGUAGCACAGUUGUGUGAAGACUGUGAAAAGGACGAGGAUAUCAACAAAGAGUUGGAUAAAAUGGGACGUAACAUUGGCACAAGACUAGUAGAAGAUUUUCUGGCUCGAUCAAAUGUUGCACAAUGUCGUAAUUUUUAUGAAACAGCUGAAGUAAUUGCUAAGGUUGCUUUCAAGAUGUACCUUGGAGUGACCCCACGGGUGACCUUCUGGAGCCAAACUGGAGAUGAUUGCUCGCUGUUUCUAGAGAAGAAUCCACUCAUGGGCUAUGUGGAAAUACCUGAGAAACGUUCCUGUUUGCUGUACUCCAACAUGAUCUGUGGCAUCUUGAAAGGAGCACUAAAAAUGGUUUGUUUGCAGGUGGAUAUUCAACUACUUCAGGACUCAGCAAAAGAUGACAAGGUAACUGAAAUAAGAAUGAAGCUAAUGAGAAGACACAGAGUUGUUCGUACAGUUGAGAAAAAGCAAAAAUACUGUGUUGACUCUUAAAAACAAACUUGUGUAUCCACUGCUAUGUUAAAAGGUUUGGUUGGUUUAGAAAAUGCCAUUAUACACUUAGGAGCAUGUUUUAUCAUUUACACUUCAUAGCAUCAUCUUUAGCAACUUCAAAUGGACAACAAUUACAAAGCAUUAAGAUUACAGUAUCAUUGGAAGGAGUCUCUGAUUAUUAUCUUCUGGUUUGUCUUUAUUUUAUUUAUGGUUUAGUGAUGUAGGUAAUCAUGGGGAAGCUCAUGGGUAAAUGCAUACACAAAAAUUUAAAAUCAGAACUGUAAAUACUGCAUGAAUUCAAACAUACCAGUGAUUAAGAGCUCAGCAUUGUGUAAGGUACUCAAAAAUCACGUUUGUUUUUACAUAGCUUUACUGUGUUUAGGCUUUAGAAAUCUUUAAGAUGAUUGUGAAGGGAAACUGUGGUAAGAGUUAAUAUUGUUUGAGUUAAUGCUGCCACAAAUGUGUGAAUGACUGAAUGAUAAUACAAAUGUCAUUAAUAUACAUAACGUAUAUCUUAUAAUG